AAGUAAAAAUCAGACAUUCACCGGCACAACUUUGUAUUGUUUUAUAAUUUUGAGCGAAAUUAAAUAAAUAAAAAGUGCAUAAACAUGGGAAUUUGUCGGUUCUUCCAGCAGGGCUCCUGCCGCUUUGGCACCAAGUGCACCAACGAACACUUUGACGUAAAAGUGGUGCUGAAGAAUGACAUGGAGGCCAGCAUCAAUGGGAAGAUGUGGCCCUUCUCGGUAUACGGGCCAUUCAAGGACAAGGGUAACAUUCCCAACUUCAUUGAGGAUCAGUCCUUCGAGGAGGUCCGCCUGCUCUGCUACGAGGCGAAGCGCCUGAACAGCUUCGAUCAGUUCCAUCAGCAGUUCAAUCGUGAGGUCAUGGAGGCCACCAACAAGAUGAAGUCAAUGGUGCAGGCCACCCCACAGGUGGUCGAUGUUAUGAUCAAGAUCUUCGAUGCACCAGAAGGUGGCACCCCCGCAGUCGCUGGUGCGCCCAAUCAAAAUCCCUUUGCCGCAACGGCUGGUAAUGCCGCUGGCUCCAUCUUUAGCAAGCCGACACUGGGUGGCGGCAACAUCUUGGGCGCUGCAAAUCAAGUUAAUAAUACUCAAAGUCUCUUUGGUGGCUCCAUGGCUGCUGGCAACACGGGUAACAGCAUAUUUGGUGGUGGCAAUGUUGCUGGUGGAGGAAGUGUUUUUGGACAGCAACAACCACAGCAGCAGCAGCAGGGUGUUGCAUCGCAGCCCUUUCAGGGGGGUAACAUAUUCGCUCAGGCACAGGCACAGCCACAGGCAGCGAAUCAAAUGCCUUUUGGUGGCUUUCAACAGCAACCACAACAGCAGCAGCUGCAGCCAGGAGCAGGAGGCGGUGUCUUUGGUCAAGCUGCAGUCAAUCCCAGUGGCGGUAUCUUUGGACAGGUAGCCCAACAGCCACCAAGUGGAUUGUUUGCUCAAGCAGCACAAACCGUAGGCUUCCCGCAGCAGCAGCCACAACAGAUGAUGCAGCAGCAGCAGGCCCAGCAGCAACAGAUGAUGCAGCAAGCAAAUCCCCAACAGCAGCAGCUCCUGCAGCAGCAGCAACAAAUGAUGCAGCAACAACAGCAACAGCAACAAAUGAUGCAGCAACAACAGCAGCAGCAGCAACAACAACAGCCUCAGCAACCACAGCAACCAGGCGGCAGCUCCGUUUACAGCACGAUGGAAUCCUUGACACCCGAAGAAAUAGAAGCAUUCAAAGCGGAACAAUUUCUGCCCGGUCAUGUGCCCUUUAAUCCACCACCACGUGAAUUGUGUUAGAGGAAUUCUUUAUACGAUAUAAGCGCAUCCCUUGUGCUCUGCCUGCCACAUGAAAUAUUAAAUA